AUGACCCAGAUGAUGAAAAACUCAAUCCCAUGGCCAACAAUCAUGGUGGUGAUUUCUUGGUACAGUUCAAACAUUGGGGUUCUUCUUAUGAACAAGUACUUGUUAACCAACUACGGUUACAAGUACCCUGUUUUUCUCACCAUGUGUCACAUGAUGUUGUGUUCUGUUUUCAGCUACGUUGGAAUUUCGGUUUUGGAUAUUGUACCUUUGCAAAGUGUUCAAUCCAAGAGCCAGUUACUCAAAAUCUGUGGAUUAAGUGUUGUGUUUUGUUUCUCAGUGGUUUGUGGGAACGUGUCGCUUAAUUAUAUUCCAGUGUCGUUUAAUCAAGCUAUUGGAGCUACGACACCUUUUUUCACUGCCGUUUUUGCUUAUGCUGUGAGUAGAAAAAGAGAAGCUUGGGUUACUUAUUGUACCCUUUUGCCUGUUGUGGCUGGUGUCAUCAUUGCUAGUGGGAGUGAACCAAGUUUUCAUCUAUUUGGAUUUAUAAUCUGUGUUGCAUCAACUGCUGCAAGAGCAUUUAAAUCAGUGCUUCAAGCUAUUUUGUUGUCCUCGGAAGGGGAAAAGCUGAAUUCGAUGAACUUACUACUUUACAUGGCACCUAUAGCAAUGUUGGUGUUACUUCCUGCAACAUUGUUGAUGGAGGGAAAUGUGAUUCGAAUCACAAUAGAACUUGCUAGAGAGGAUUUCAGAAUCAUUUGGUAUCUUCUUUUGAGUUCAUCACUUGCAUAUUUUGUGAACCUCACUAAUUUUUUGGUGACCAAAUAUACAAGUGCACUCACCCUUCAGGUAUUAGGAAAUGCAAAGGGGGCAGUUGCUGUGGUGAUUUCAAUUUUGAUAUUUCAAAAUCCUAUUUCAAUGAUAGGAAUGCUUGGCUAUGUACUCACUAUUAUAGGAGUUGUAUUGUAUAGUGAAACCAAGAAGAGAUAUACUUAG